UAAAAGGAAGGCUGCUGGGCUUCUGGGCUAUUUGUGUUUUGUGGUUUUAUGAGUCAGCAGUGUCACGGUAGGCUCCAAGCCUUCCGGUAGUCAGUUUUGUCAUUAUGUGGGAUUGUAAAAGGCUCUGGUUACUCUUUAUUGCUUUACUAUAUUUAAAAGAUGUAAGGGCACUUGGAGUGUGGAAUAAAAGGCCUGCACAGGAUUGGUACAGUGUUGCUGCCCAGAUCCCUCUGGCUCAGCCUAAGGAACCUGCCCCCUUACCUGAUGGAGCCCAAACUUCCACAGCCAUGAGGGAUGAAGGACUCCAGAGCCAGAACAUUGUUUCAUAUGCACAAGCCACAUCUAAUCAGGAUGUUUCAACUGCUGCUCUUCAGAACAACUAUGGGACUCCAUCAGUGACCCUGCAAUCUGGUAACACUGUCUCUUCAUCCAUGUACCAGCAAAGACCACUGGUUCCCAACACUUCCCAAACAAGUCAGUCUUGGAUGCAAAAUGCUAGCUCGUUCAGUGGUUCUCAAAGCCAAACCUCAAAUGGCUAUGGGCUCUCUCAAGGGUUUGCAAGCCAAUAUGUUGAUCAUUCAAGUGCCAUCCCUGCAUUUAUUGUGACCCAGCCAGGCUCUGCCGGUAAAGUGUUCAGUGGUUCUACUUCAAGCUUGUCCAGUGUUUCUCAAAGCCCAUCUGCCUAUUGGCAGUCACCAAGCUCACUUUUCAGUCAAUAUCUUGGUUCACAGGGACAGCAAGGAAUAAAUCAGAUGAGCUCUGCCCCAGGUUUAACUGUGAUCCAGCCAGCCUCUGACAGUGCAGUGUACAAUGAUUCUGCUACUAGUAUGCCAGCCUCCUACACUAGUUCCCAAAGCCCAUCUAUCUACUGGCAGUCACCAAGCUCCCUUUUUACUCAAUAUCUUGGUUCACAAGGCCAGCUAAAUGUAAACCAGGUGAGCUCUGCCUCAGGUUUAACCACAACCCAACAGGCUGCACCAAGUAUAGUUUCAAGUGGUUCUACUUCUAGUACUUCAAGCUCUUCCAGUGGUUCUCAAAGCCCAUCUGUCCAUUGGCAGUCACCAAGCUCUCAAAGCCAAAGCUCAACUGGCCACGGGUUAUCUCAAAGGCUUGCAAGCCGUUAUGGAGGUUUUUGGAUGUGGCCUGACCAAAACCAACUGAGCUCUGCACCUGCUUUAACAUUGACCCAGCAGGUUGCUGAGAGUGGAAUGUCAAGUAUCCCCACUACCUCUGGUAUGUCUUCCAUAGCUUAUAGUGGUUUUCAAAGCCCAUCUAUCUCUUGGCUCUCAGGAAUUUCCAAGCCUACUAGUAGUACCCCAACACAGCAAGGUAUAAACCAGCAUGGCUCUGUGCCCAGAUUAACUGUGAUCCAGCCAUCCACUGUCAUUGCAUCGUCCAAUGGUUCUACUUCUAGUACUUCAAGCUCCUACAGUUCUCCAAGCUCAACCUCCUCUGGGCAGUCACUAAGCUCACUUGGCUCACCUGGACAGCAGAGUGUAAAUCAGAUGAGCUCUGCCCCAGGUUUAACCAUGACCCAACAGUCUACUCCAAGUGUAGUUUCAAGUGAUUCUACUUCAAGCUCCUACACUGGUUCUCAAAGCCAACCUUCAACUGGCUAUGGGGUGUCCCAAUGGCUUUCCAACCAAUAUGGUAAAUUCCAAACGCAGCAAGGUAUAAAUAAGGUGAGCUCUGCCCCAGGUUUAACUGUGACCCAACAGUCCAUGACGGACGUAGCUUCAAGUGGUUCUGCUUCUAGUACUUCAAGCUCUUCCAGUGGUUCUCAAAGCCCAUCUACCUACUGGCACUCACUAAGCUCACCUUUUACUCAAUAUCUUGAAUCACAGGGACAGCAAAGUGUAAAUCAGAUGAGCUCUGCCUCAGGUUUAACUGUGGCCCAACAGUCCACUCCAAGUGUAGUUUCAAGUGGUUCUACUUCAAGCUCCUACACUGGUUCUCAAAGCCAACACUCAACUGGUUAUGGGACAUUUCAAGUGCUUGCUAGCCAACAUGGCGGUUUCCAAACACUGCAGGGUACAAAUCAGAUGAACUCUGCCCCAAGUUUAACUUUGAUUCCGCUGGCCUCUGACACUGCAGUGACCAAUGGUUCUAUUGUUGGUACUUUAAGCUCCUAUAGUGGUUCUCAAAGCCAAGGCUCAGCUGGUUAUGGGCUAUCUCAAGGGCUUCCCAGCCAACCUGGUAGACUCCAAAUGCAGCAAGGUAUAAACCAGAUAAACUCUGCCCCAGGUUUAACUACAACCCAACAGGCUACACCAAGUAUAGUUUCAAGUGGUUCUACUUCUAGUACUUCAAGCUCUUCCAGUGGUUCUCAAAGCCCAUCUAUCUACUGGCCAUCACAAAGCUCAGGAAUAAAUCAGAUGAGUUCUGCCCCAGGUUUAACUGUGAUCCAGCCAGCCUCUGACAGUGCCAUGUUCAAUGAUUCUACAGUUAGUACUUCAAGCUCCCAUGGUGGUUCUCAAAGCCAAGGCUCAACUGUCUAUGGGCUAUCUCAAGGGCUUGCCAGCCGAUAUGGUAAAUUCCAAAUGCAGCAAGGAAUAAACCAGCUGAGCUCUGCCCCAGGUUUAACUGUGACCCGACAGUCCAUGCCGAAUGUAGCUUCAAGUGGUUCUGCUUCUAGUACUUCAAGCUCUUCCAGUGGUUCUCAAAGCCCAUCUACCAACUGGCAGUCAGCAAGCUCACUUUUUACUCAAUAUCUUGGAUCACAGGGACCGCAAAGUGUAAAUCAGAUGAGCUCUAUUCCAGGUUCAACUGUGAUUCAACCAGCCUCUCCAAGUGUGGUUUCAAGUGGUUCUACUUCAAGCUCCUACACUGGUUCUCAAAGCCAACCUUCAACUGGCUAUUGGGUGUCCCAAUGGCUUGCCAACCAACAUGGUAAAAUCCAAACGCAGCAAAGUGUAAAUCAGAUGAGCUCUGUUCCAGGUUCAACUGUGACCCAACAGUCCAUGCCGAAUGUAGAUUCAAGUGGUUCUACUUCUAGUGCUUCAAGCUCCUACAUGCCUUCUCAAAGCCAAACCUCAUCUGGCUAUGGGUUGUCUCAAUGGCUUGUGAGCCGUAAUGGAAGUUUUGAAAUGUGGCCUGAACAAAACCAACUGCACUCUGCUCCUGCUUCAACAAUGACUCAGCAGGUUGUUGAGAGGGGAAUGUCAAGUGGCUCUACUACCUCUGGUAUUUCUUCCACUGGGUCUCAAAGCCCAUCUACAUCUUGGCUCUCAGGAAUUUUCAAGCCUACUCAUGGUACCCCAACACAGCAAGGCAUAAACCAGCUUGUCUCUGUGCCUGGAUUAACUGGGAUCAAGCCAGCCUCUGUGUCCAAUGGUUCUACUGUCAGUGCUUCAGGCUCCUAUGGUGUUGCUCAUAUCCAAAGCCCAUCUGCAUACUGGCAGUCACCAAGCUCACUGUCAAGUCAGUAUCUUGGCUCCCAGGGACAGCAAAGUGUAAACCAGCUGAGCUCUGCCCCAGGUUUAACUGUGACCCAACAGGCAGCACCAAGUGUAGUUUCAAGUGGUACCAGUACUUCAAGCUCCCCCAUUGGAUUUCAGAGCCAAAGUACAUCUGGCUAUUGGUCAUCUCAAGGGCUUUCUAAUCACCAUGAUGGUUUGCAGACACAAGGCACACAACCGUUGAAUCAGCAGGCCUCAAGCACAUUGACAUCCAGUGGCCCUAAUGUGAAUUCCACCACAACUUCCAAUCUUGGCAUACAAAGCAUGAAUGUUCCGAAACCUCAGGCCUUCAAUCUUUGGAUGGGUCGGUACUCCUGUAAAAGUGGCUCAUCCUCCAAUGCUUCAAUGCUUUCCUGAUUUGUUAAUGCUGUUUCCCUUUAAACCUUGCAUGCACUUGAAAUGCCUUUUGCCCUGCUGAACUCCAGUAAAGCCAAGUGUAAUUGUAUUGCUUAAUAGAAAAUGCAUUGUCUAAUAAAGAAUUCUUGCAGUA